AUGAAUGCAGGAAUUGAUCCAUUCUCAGACGAAGAUCCCAUGGCUAUUUAUCAAAAGAUAUUGAAGGGCAAAGUCAAAUUCCCAAAAAGCUUUGAUAAGAAUGCCAAAUCUUUAGUCAAACAUUUACUUGUGGCUGAUCUUUCUAAAAGAUAUGGAAACUUAAAAAAUGGCGCUGCCGAUAUCAAAAAUCACAGAUGGUUUGGAAGUCUAGAUUGGAAUCUCCUUACUUAAAAGAAAUUGCCUGUCCCCUACAAACCUGUUGUGAAAGCUCCCAAUGAUACAUCCAAUUUUUCAUCCUAUCCAGAGUCCGAUACCCAAAGUCCUGCUCUCAAACCAGCAGACGAUCCCUUCUUAGAAUGGUGAUUAAUAGAGCAUUAUUCAUUAUAAUAAAUUCAACUAUGU